AUGCGUUCUAACGGGAUUUUUACGCUACUGACCCUUGCCGCCGUAGGGCAGGCCACACCUACACCUACUCCAACACAGUACCCGGAGAGUUGCCACGUGACCAAGUAUGCGGACAUUCCAGCUGCAGCUGCCGCCUGCACAGAUAUCAUUCUCGACGGUAUUACCGUUCCUGGAAAGUCGAGCAUUGACCUCUCAUCGUUGAAGACUGGCACCAAGGUUACUUUCAAAGGAAAGACGUUCUGGGAGUAUGCCAACGCCAACUACCCUUUCAUCAUCAUUGGCGGCAAGAGCAUUGAGGUUACUGCAGCAGAGGGCGCGAUUCUCGAUGGCAACGGCCAGGCCUGGUGGGAUGGACUCGGCAGCAAUGGAGGUGUUAGCAAGCCAAACCACUUUAUCGAGAUGAAGAAGGUUACUGGAAACAGUUCAAUUCACGACGUCUACAUCCAGAACUACCCCGUUCACUGCUUCGCCAUCAGCAACUGUGCGGAUCUAGACGUCUACCACAUCACUCUGAACAACACGGCAGGUGAUGCGCCCAAUAAUCGAUCCAAAGGCCUACCUGCUGCGCAUAACAGCGACGGAUUUGGCGUGUCGAGCAGCACCAACAUCAAGAUCCACGACAGCGUUGUCCUCAACCAAGAUGAUUGCGUUGCAGUUACCAGUGGUGACAACAUCCAUGUGAACAACAUGUACUGCGACGGUAGCCAUGGUCUCUCGAUUGGCUCCAUAGGUGGAAAGUCAAACAAUAACGUAACCAACGUCUCCUUCACCAACUCCAAGGUGCUCAACGCCCAGAACGGUGCGCGCAUCAAGUCAAACUCCAACACAACGGGGUUCAUCUCCGACAUUUUGUUCGAGAACAUCUACGUGCAGAACAUUUCCAUCUACGGUAUCGACAUCCAGCAGGAUUACUUGAACGGCGGACCAACCGGCCACCCGACCAACGGCGUCAUCAUCCAGAACGUUACCAUGAGGAACAUUACCGGCACGGCAAACCAGGAGGCGAGGAACUACUACAUCCUGUGUGGAGACAAAAGCUGCAGCAACAUCAAGAUGGACAGUGUGAAUAUUACUGGCGGUGGGGUUGAGAGCUCGUGCAAUUUCCGGACGGUGGGGAACUUUGACUGCGACGGACGCUUUGUAACGGAUGUGUUAUCCAAGCUAGCAGCGUAA